GCCAGACUGCAGAGCCCCAGGUCGGUCCCAGUGGAGUCUGCCCUGGGGCAGCGCCCUGCACGUCCGCGCAGCACCCGUCCCAGGUCCCAGGGCGAUCACGCCCGAGGAGCGCGCCCUUAUCAAGGCGGGCGACAGAUCUGCUCGCGGGCAAGACUGACACCGCGCUGCUGCCGUUUGCAGAACCUGACCCAGCCGAGGAGGGGGCCAGGCCGGGGCGGUGCUCAGCCGCCGCGUAAAAGAAGGCGGAGGAGGAGGCGGAGGCGGAGGCGGAGGUGGCCGCGCCAUGGGCCGCUACUCGGGCGCGACAUGCCGGCUGUGGGCCAUGCUGGUGCUCACGGCCGGCUUCUUUGUAGCCGAGCUAGUGUCGGGCUACCUGGGCAACUCGAUCGCGCUGCUGUCCGACUCCUUCAACAUGCUGUCGGACCUCAUCUCGCUGUGCGUGGGCCUGGCCUCCCGCUUCCUGGCCCGACGCGCACGCUGGAGUGUCCGCGCCUCAUUCGGCUACGCGCGCGCCGAGGUGGUGGGCGCGCUGGCCAACGCCGUGUUCCUCACGGCGCUCUGCUUCACCAUCUUCGUGGAGGCGGUGCUGCGCCUGGCACGGCCCGAGCGCGUCGACGACCCGGGCCUGGUGCUGGUGGUGGGCGCCUUGGGGCUGGCGGUCAACAUCGUGGGGCUGCUCAUCUUCCAGGACUGCGUUGCGGGGCUCUUCUGCUGCUUCCGGGCCCGGCGCGCUCGCCGCGCAAUGGGGGCACCCGGGGAUGCGGAGGACCCAAGCCCAAGCCAGGAGAAGUGUGCCGCGGGGACCACCAACCCAGCAGGUGCCUUUCGGAGGCGUCCUGGGAACUCGACACAACACAAGGUCUCUUCUUUGAGUGCAGGUGAUUCCUUGGCCGUCCAGACUGCGCCGGAAGAGACAGUGAACAAGAAGAAGUCUGACGCCCUGAACAUCAGAGGGGUCCUACUGCACGUGAUGGGCGACGCCCUGGGCUCUGUGAUUGUGGUCAUCACGGCCACCAUCUUCUAUGUGCUUCCCCUGACAAGCCAGCAGCCAUGUAAUUGGCAGUGUUACAUCGACCCCAGCCUGACUGUCAUUAUGGUUGUCAUCAUCCUGUCUUCCGCCUUCCCGCUCAUCAAGGAGACGGCCAGCAUCCUGCUGCAGAUGGUGCCCCCCGGCGUCAACAUGGAGGAGCUGAUGAGCAAACUCUCCACCGUACCUGGCGUCAGCAGCGUGCACGAAGUCCACGUGUGGGAGCUCGUGAGCGGGAAGAUCAUCGCCACCUUGCACAUCAAGCACCAGGAGGACAAAGCCCGCCAGGAGGCCAGCGAGAAGGUCCGGGAGAUCUUCCACCACGCCGGCAUCCACAGUGUGACCAUCCAGUUCGAAAGCGUGGACUCUCAGGAGUUCUCAGAGCACAAGGACUUUCUGCUGGUGUGCAGCAGCCCCUGCGUGUCCCAGGCCUGUGCGGACAAGCUGUGCUGUCCCCCCGGGAUGCUGCCCCUGGCCCACGUCAACGGCUGUGCUGAGCACAACGGGGGCCUAACUCUGGAGAGCUACCGGAGCAGGACGGACCCCAUGGAUGUGGCUGUGAUGGUGUCCAGGGAUGACUGUCUCGGCAGCAGCCAUGCAGAUAUCCUUCCCAAGGCCCAGGAGGACCAACGCUGUGAGAACAGCACACAUUUCUAGUGUGGGGUCCACGGCUCAGACUGUGGGUGAAGGCUGUGGAGCCAGCAGCGUAGCUCUGAGGACUGUGGGCUCUGCAUGCUGCGGGGUGCGCUGGCUGCCUCCAGGAGGGGUUGGUGCGGGGUCAGAGGAAGUUGCUGUUGUCAAGGUGCUUAUAACCUUUCCAAGACCCACGGGUUUUCUAAAGAACGGAACUACUGCGUGGUCCCUCAAGGUGUGUGGGCUGAGACUCCAGGACUGGGAUGCAGGAUUCUCUACCAUUCUUGCUUUCUGUUCUCUUUCGGUGCUGGGGAGUGGGGGUAGGUUGGACCCAGGGCAAAAGCCUGCAGGCAAAAACUCAAAAGCACCUCUUAUUUGCCAACUGAACAUAGCAUUCUGCUGACUCUCAGGCGAGUUCAGCCUAAGGGUGUAGAAACCGCUGCAGGGAGAACAGCUGUGUUUUUCUCAUUCUACUGAAAUGAUCAGAAAAGAGGCAAGUUAGAGAACUGGGCACUACCAGGGAUCUUUCAUGCAGCUCUCUCUCUUUUUUUUCUGGUACUGGGGAUCCAACUCAGGACCUGCCAGGCAGGUGCUUGUGCUGCUGAGCUAUCUCCCGGCCCCUUGAUGCAUCUUUUGAUAAAGGUAGAGGAAUGGCUGUUCCAGUAGGGCAUGUCCGCCCCGGGGAGGUGUUCUUUCACUUGGAAGUGGGUGGUAUUUCUACUUUGUAAAUUAUGACCCAAGUACUUCUUGCUGUCUUCUAAAAUCUCCAGCUGGCCUUGUCAUUUUUCCCUUGGUGGUGGUUUCCUUACCUGUCGCGGUGUCCUUGGUCUCCUUCUAAAUGAUCACAUUGAUUUGAGUUUGCUGGGGGAAAUGAGUGUUUGUGACUGCGAGCAGUCAUUCCUGCCCAAUAAACAAGCUCGACUGCCUCGUGUUUAAUUAGAUGUACGUAAGGUCUUUAUUCUAGUCUCCAGCUGAUAACCUGACGGCAACAUUGAUAUCCCGGUGAGAAGGGAGAAGCCUUUAGCUGCUGCUUUUGGUGUGUUCUGAGGGGUUUAGCAUUGCCUUUUAUGAAUUGUGACCAGGCUCAAGUAAAUCUAUCAUAAUCUGAUUCAGACUCAUAACCUA